GAAACGAAGCUCCCCAACCGCAAGAAAUAAGGAGGGAGCCGAGCAACCUUUUGGGGCUGGACUGGUUCUUCUUCAAGUCAUCGUUUGGAGCGGAGGAUGGUCCUACAGCGAUGGGAAGCAGCGUUGUCAUUGUCACAACGGCGCCUUUAAUGUAGAGGGAAGAAAGAUCAAGGCUUCUGUGUGGGGGUGUUUUUUUAAAUUAUUAUUUUUUUUUUGCUGAAUUACUUUUUUCUUUCUUUCUUUUUUUCCCCGGGAGGAUGAAGUACUCCAAGAAGAGAGAGUUGUUUUCGGAAAGGAGAUUGUUAUGCUGAGAGUGAUCAAGAUUUGGACUUCCCUAAAGAUUUGCAGUUUGUUGGGAAAGGACAGUGUGGGAGGAGGGAAAGCAGCAACAUGGUGCAAUCAACUGCCAGAAGGGUCAAAGUCAGUGGAGAGGAAUCUGGGAAACAACAAGUUGGUAAUACGUAUUCCAACAUCUUUCAUGAAUUCGUGGGUCUUCUUAGGUCUUUACAUUUUUUCUUUCUUGCUUGAACCUGAACAAUUGAAGCACUGAUUAGACAGUAGCCAGCAAAUUCGGUGAACGUAUAGUGAGAACUCACCAAGACAUUGAAAGCACCCAAGGGUGAAUGAUCAGUGCUUAAAAAGUUUAACAGAUCUUUUGGCGUUCACCCUUAUAUAUGUAUAUGUAGUUGCACUGAUAUAAUCAAGAUUAUUUUAAUAACUACCAGUGACCUUUAAGAGGUUUGUCAACAUGGCUUCCCCUCCACACCAGCAGCUGCUGCAUCACCACAGCACGGAGGUAAGCUGUGACUCCAGUGGAGACAGCAACAGUGUCCGGGUAAAAAUCAACCCCAAGCAGCAUUUGGGUUGCUCCUCCAACCCUCACCCCAAACACUGCAAGUAUAGCAUCUCGUCCAGUUGUAGCAGCUCAGGUGAAUCAGGAGGGGUCCCUAGGAGAACCGGAGGUGGAAGCCGAGGCCUCCGAAGGAAAAAGAAACUGCCACAGCUUUUUGAGAGAGCUUCUAGUAGAUGGUGGAACCCUAAAUUUGACUCUACUAACCUAGAGGAGGCUUGUAUGGAAAGGUGCUUUCCACAGACCCAGCGCAGGUUCCGCUAUGCUCUCUUCUACAUUGGUGUGGCCUGUCUUCUUUGGGGCAUCUAUUUUGGCAUCCACAUGCAAUCUAAAUUGAUUGUCUUUGUGGUACCAACUCUGUGCUUCCUUUUGGUGUGUGUGUGUUUUUUUCUAUUUACCUUCACAAAGCAUUAUGCUCGGCAUUAUGUGUGGACCUCACUGAUCCUCAUUCUCCUGGUUUUUAUUCUGACUCUAGCUUCACAGUUUCAGGUUUUGACACCUCUCUCAGGAAGUGAUGACAGCUCCAAUCAUACUCCCUUUGCUAUAUCCACAGAUACUUGCUUAUCUCAAGUAGGCAGUUUUUCAAUGUGCAUUGAAGUGCUCUUGUUACUCUAUGCUGUUAUGCACUUACCUCUAUAUUUAAGCUUGUUUUUGGGAGUAGCCUAUUCUAUUCUUUUUGAGCUCUUUGGGUAUCAUUUCCGAGAUGAAUGCUGUUUCCCAUCAUCUGGAAUGAGAUCGAUGCACUGGGAGCUGCUAAGCAAAGCUUUGCUCCACAUAUGUAUUCAUGCUAUUGGGAUUCACCUAUUUAUCAUGUCUGAAGUUAGAUCGAGGAGCACAUUCCUUAAAGUGGGACAAUCAAUUAUGCAUGGGAAAGACUUGGAGGUAGAAAAAGCCCUGAAAGAGCGAAUGAUUCACUCUGUGAUGCCAAGAAUCAUAGCUGAUGACUUAAUGAAGCAGGGGGAUGAUGAAAGUGAAAACUCAGUCAAACGACACUCCACCUCAAGCCCCAAGAAUAGGAAGAAAAAGUCUUCCAUACAGAAAACUCCCAUAAUAUUUCGUCCUUUUAAGAUGCAGCAAAUUGAACAAGUAAGCAUUUUGUUUGCAGAUAUUGUUGGUUUCACUAAAAUGAGUGCCAACAAGUCUGCUCAUGCCCUGGUGGGUCUCCUGAAUGAUUUGUUUGGUCGUUUUGACCGGUUAUGUGAAGAUACAAAAUGUGAGAAAAUAAGUACUCUGGGUGACUGCUAUUAUUGUGUAGCGGGGUGUCCAGAACCCAGAGCAGAUCAUGCCUACUGCUGCAUCGAAAUGGGCUUAGGCAUGAUUAAAGCCAUCGAACAGUUCUGCCAGGAGAAGAAAGAAAUGGUGAACAUGCGAGUUGGGGUUCACACUGGGACGGUUUUAUGUGGCAUUCUGGGCAUGAGGAGGUUUAAAUUUGAUGUGUGGUCAAAUGAUGUGAACUUAGCCAAUCUUAUGGAGCAGCUGGGUGUGGCUGGCAAGGUUCAUAUUUCGGAGGCAACAGCAAAAUAUUUAGAUGAUCGUUAUGAAAUGGAGGAUGGGAAAGUUAUCGAACGAGUUGGCCAGAGCGUUGUUGCUGACCAGUUGAAAGGUUUAAAGACAUACCUGAUAUCAGGUCAGAGAGUCCUGAAAGAAGCCCAUUGCAGCUGUUCAGAGGCAUUGCUUUCUGGCUUUGAGGCAGGGGAUUGCUCAAGCUUGUCUUCAGGCCCUAAAUUACAGGGAACAUCACCACCUGAGAGUGUCAGCGACUUGGCGAAGACUUUUAAAACCUUUGAUAAAAAUAAGACAUGUCCUUCAUGCGGUGUUACAUUUGUUCCCAACUGUGAAGCUGGUCCUGAAGAAGGAGCAAUUCAAAAUGGCUCUCAAGAUGAGCAUAAAAAUAAUGCCAAGGCUUCUGGAGGACAUAGUCCAAAGACCCAAAAUGGACUUCUCAAUCCCCCUCAAGAAGAGAAGCUCACCAAUAGUCAGACAUCACUGUAUGAGAUGUUACAAGAAAAAGGAAGAUGGGCAGGGGUGAGCUUGGACCAAUCUGCUCUCCUUCCACUGAGAUUCAAGAACAUUCGAGAGAAGACAGAUGCUCACUUUGUUGAUGUUAUCAAAGAAGACAGCCUGAUGAAAGACUACUUCUUUAAACCACCUAUUAAUAAACUAAGUUUGAAUUUCUUGGAUCGAGAUCUAGAGAUGGCUUACAGAACUAGCUAUCAGGAAGAGGUUAUAAAAAAUUCUCCCGUGAAGACAUUUGCCAGUGCUACCUUCAGUUCCCUCCUGGAUGUGUUUUUGUCAACAACAGUUUUUCUCAUUCUGUCCAUCACCUGCUUCCUAAAACAUGGGAUGGCUUCUGCCCCUCCCCCACCAGCCGCAGUCGUGAUUUUCAUCAUCGCCAUUCUAUUGGAAGUGUUCUCCCUCAUCGUCUCCAUCAGAAUGGCAUUUUUCCUUGAGGAGGUAAUGACGUGUACUAAGCACCUGCUGGAGAUGAUAGCUGGUUGGCUCCCUCGGCAUUUCAUUGGCGCAAUCCUGGUCUCACUCCCGGCCCUUGCAGUUUAUUCACAUUUUACCUCCGAAUUUGAAACAAACAUACAUUAUACCAUGUUUAUGUGCUCUGCCAUUCUGAUCACCAUUGUGCAAUACUGUAAUUUUUGCCAGCUAAGUUUCUGGAUGAGAUCAUCAUUAGCAACAAUUGUUGGAGCUAUACUUGUCAUUUUACUCUAUGUUUCUUUGUAUCCAGACAGUUCCAUAGAAACUUCCCAGUUAGAUGCAGUACAGAAUUCCAGUUCCAGGAAGAAUCCAUGCAACACAUCAAUGCCAAAUUUUAGCAAAAAACCUGCAGACCUAAUUGGCCAGGAGGUAACUCUCGUUUGCUUUCUCCUGCUUUUAUUGGUCUGGUUCCUGAAUCGAGAGUUUGAAGUCAGUUAUAGGCUUCACUAUCAUGGAAGUGUGGAGGCUGAUCUUCACCGUACCAAAAUCCAGAGUAUGAGAGAUCAGGCUGACUGGCUGCUAAGAAACAUUAUUCCUUAUCACGUGGCAGAGCAGCUGAAGGUUUCCCAGAGCUACUCUAAAAACCAUGAUAGUGGAGGGGUAAUCUUUGCCAGCAUUGUCAAUUUCAGUGAAUUUUAUGAAGAGAACUAUGAAGGAGGCAAGGAGUGCUACCGAGUCCUAAAUGAACUGAUUGGAGAUUUUGAUGAAUUGCUGAGCAAACCAGAUUAUAACAACAUUGAGAAGAUUAAAACCAUCGGGGCCACAUAUAUGGCAGCCUCAGGUCUGAACACCUCCCAGUGUCAGGACAGCAACCAUCCACAUGAACAUUUACGAACCCUUUUUGAAUUUGCCAAAGAAAUGAUGCAAGUUGUGGAUGACUUCAACAACAACAUGCUCUGGUUUAACUUUAAACUUAGAAUUGGCUUUAACCAUGGACCCCUCACUGCAGGGGUUAUUGGCACCACAAAGUUACUGUAUGAUAUUUGGGGCGAUACAGUGAAUAUUGCCAGCAGGAUGGAUACUACUGGAGUUGAGUGCCGCAUACAGGUGAGUGAAGAGAGCUACCAUAUCUUGAACAAGAUGGGAUAUGAAUUUGACUACAGGGGGACAGUAAAUGUGAAAGGAAAAGGUCAAAUGAAAACCUACCUUUAUCCAAAAUGCAUGGACAGUGGGAUUGUGCCACAUCACCAGUUGUCUAUAUCACCAGACAUUCGAGUUCAAGUAGAUGGCAGCAUUGGACGGUCUCCAACAGAUGAGAUUGCCAACUUGGUGCCUUCUGUCACAACUGACAAAACAUCGUAUGGUUCUGAUACUAAUACACAGGCUAAGGAUGUUCACCUAUCUUCUAAGAAGCCUCGGAAAGAUCCAGUAAAAGCAGAAGAAAGGUAUAGAUUUGGCAAAGCCAUAGAAAAGAGUGACUGUGGGGAAGUGGGAGCUGAAGAAGCCAAUGAGCUAACCAAGCUAAAUAUUUCAAAGAGUGUAUGAUGCAGCCACAAAGAGCUAGCUGCAUGAGGUGCUCUAUCCAUAGAAACACAAUAAUAUUCACAAUUUGGCUGUUUUUCUUUUCAAGAGACACAUUUCCAGUGCCUAGGUGUUAUGUUGUCAUUCAAACCCUGACUUCUGUGUGGAUCAUGGAUGUUCAGGGCUCAUUUUCAUCCAUCCCUCUCCCCUCACUUCCCCUCCUUGAGAAGCUUCCCACAUCUUUCUGUAAUUAUCUUUCAGCAGUGUGGAGGAUAAUAAGUGCCUUCAGGUAUAUUCCAUGGCCUUGAAGUCUAGGUACAGAGGCCAUUGGUGAAAUCAUGGCUUUGGGUAUCAAUUGCAUUUUAAAACAAAAGCUGUGGUUGAGAUAUCAUUUUUAUUGUUGUUUCUCACAAGACACUUUUUUUGGCUAAUACGACUCUUUGAGAUUUGUUUAUUUCUUUGUGUAUAUAUAAUAGUGUUUUACAGUCAUCAUCUGACCUUUCUAUGUAAACACACUUGCAUUUAUGAAAUUGAUAUAAAAGUGCCAAUAAUGUACUGAGAAGGGGUGUUAAAGGAAAGGGAAUAAUGUGUAGUGAACUGGGAAAGGCAUUGAUUCCACAGUGGCUUGUCUUUUAGAUAAAGCCUGUAAUGUAGCCGUGGUGAUUCCAUCCUCUUUUGCAAAUGCUUUGAAAACACACAUAUGCCACUGUGUGUAUUGGAUGUGCCACUUUCCUUAGACAGUGGUUUGCUUUCAGAGCAACCUUCAAAGUGCAAAUAGGUAACAAAGCAUCUUCAGUCUGGGCUAUCCAGUAUCAGAGAAGCCAUUUUCACUUUAGUGAAUCCCUACUCUUAAGGGAUUUUCAAGUUCAAAGUUAGUGUCUUUGAAGUAUGUGUGUCUAAGAGAAGAACUUAAAAUAAAUGUCUUAGGGUUGCAUUUAUUUAUUUAUUUAUUUUCAAUAAAUGUGAUUAGGUUGAAAAUGGGUUUGGGGGUAGGGAUCUUGAUAGAGGGAAAUAGAUUUUGCUUGCAAAGAAUAUAAUAUAACAAUAAUCAGAUGUCCGUUAGUAUUUCAGCCACUUAGCUACCAACCACUGUGAGGACGUUGAGCAGUAUUUACAUCAAAGCAGGUGUAGAUUCCAAGUCAUCAAAUGCAUGUUGAAUCUGAAAAUCCCAGCUUCCCAUUUUGUAUGGAAUGCUACUCCUGCCCAGUGCCCUCAGGCUUUGUGUUGUGGUACAUUGUUGCACUCUGGCAUUCUUCUGGCUUUCUGCUUGCCCUCUUCACUCACCACAGGAAUUGAGAUCAAAAUGCUUUCUCUGUUCCAUUUAAGGAUGUAUAUAGAAAGAGCUUUCAUCAUGAGCUAAGAAGCACAGGAACUGGUCACCAAUAUUAGUACUCCUUUUGUUUAGAUGAAUUUGAAUCAUUUCUUCUUUUCUUUAUUAUUUCAGACUACAUGACCUAUGGGGGGGGGAAGCAGUGAAAUGUGUUCCUUUAAGCUUGCUUUUACCUGUUUUAAAUCUAAAGAGUUCUUCCACUAUACCAUAAAAUGAAAUAAUUUGUACACAAUUGAGUUGAUCAGCCUAAGAAAAUAUGGGAAAUCUCCUUACACAGUCACACAUUUAAUUGUUUUACUACACCUUGAAUUCAAAGUUCCUUAAGAACUGAACUCAUAUUAUAGUUUCUCUAAUUGCUGUUAAUAUUUCUGAGGCAAUACUAAAAUAUAGCUCAUAAAAUAAUUUAGGAAAGCUACUUCUAUAUUUAAGAUUCCAUAUACGAUUUACCAUCAACAUGUCACUCCAUUCAAAUCCUAUUACAACUGCCCUUACCAAAUCUUUGGUUCUCAUAAUGUUGUUCUCCACUGAGUGAAAUGUUGACUAUGAUCAUCUAACUCACAGCUCAGGUUUAAUCAUAAAGAACACAAAGAUGGGUACCCACUAGUACAGUGUUGUAUCCAUAAUGUUUAUUUUGUAGGGCAAUAACACCGUUAUCAACAACAGUAAUAUUUUCCUUCAGGUUUUACCUGUCAAUUGUUGGUCUUCCACUAUUGAAGGAAGUGUAGUUGUUCACAUACCUCUUGCCUGUAAAGAAUGUAUUCUUCCAAAACAAAUGCAGAAUUUUUUUUUAUUUCUUAAGAAAUAAUAGUAAUAAAAGACUAUAAUUUAUUGAUGAAUUGCUGAUCUACUUUGGUAGGGGGAGCUUCCACAAUCCCUACAUGGAUGGAAUCACAACAGGUCCAGACCAAUGAUAAUAAUAAUAAUAAUAAUAAUAAUAACUCAGAUUUAUAUAAGGUUUUCCUUACAACCACCCUGUGUGAUAGGUAGUAUUAGCUUUGUUAUCCCUGUUUUACAGGUGAGGAAACUAAGGAUCAGGGAAAUUGAAUGACCUGCCCAUGGUUGUUACAUAGGAUUUAAGGUAGGAUUCAAACCCAGGUCACCCAACUCAAAGUCCAGCACUCUGUCCAUCAUAUUACAUCGUCUCUCCUGCUAAGUGAAGCUUUUCUUCUUUGUGGAAAUAUUCUCCUCUUGAGAGUAUUUUCUUCUCUCAGCAUUAAAGAGUGUGAACAUUUUAAUCUCCUCUUCUCCUUCAUUCAUUAGAAUCUAAGGUCUCUGAAGUAACUAGUAGCUAAAAUGGUUGGUUAGCUUAAGUUCUACCCAUUGUAGCUGCUUGAAUCAUCAUAAUAUACUCUAGUAAGUUAUUUAUCUUUGUGUUUGCUGCUCUGUUUUCAAACAUAUUUCCUUUUUCAUGAAGAAACCAGGUGUAAUUGUAAGCGUGUUAGACUGAGAGUAAGGAGAGAAUGAGGUCUGCAUCCCACCUCUGAUAUUAGCUGUGUAACCAUGAGUGAGUCACAUGAGUUCUCUGAGUUUCUUUCAGUUUACUCAUCUGUAAAAUGAGGAUAAAUGAUACCAAUAGUACCUAUUUAAUGGGACUGUGAUGAGACUCCAAUGGAACAACUUAUAUAAAAGUACUUCAGAAAACUAAAAGACUAUAUAAGUGUCAGCUAGUAUUAUUUUUACAAACUUUUAAAAAUUAUCAUUCAUGACUGCAUGAAAGUAGUGACCUACAAACAGAAAAGAUGGGUUCAUUGGCACCUGGUGAUCUGAAAGGAAGGUUUACCCUGAAGUUUAUAACAACGUCUUCCAGAAAAGUUAUUCUGAGCCUACUUAAAUAGCUAGUCUGGGCAGCUUUUCCAUGUCCCUAAGUCACUGUUCUCUUGCACAGAACCGGAAACCAUAGCUUACUUACCUCAUUAUGUCACCACAGAAUCUAAUUCUAUUGGCAAUCCCAUUGAGCAAAUGGUUCCUAUAGGUGAGCGUGCUUCCAAACUUUGAACUGAAGUGCUAGUAGCUAUUCCUUCACUGGAUUGUUCUUUGGUGUGGUUAUAAUUAUGCCUUAUGAGUCUAAUAUCAGAAGCAAUAGCUUCUGAAUAUGUGCCAACAGUUGCUUACGAUUGCAUUUGAUAACUAUUUUCUUCUUUGCUCCAUGUCAGAUAAGGUAUAGAAUCAAGGAAGAAAGGAUAUCAGAGAUCAUUUAAUUCAACCAUCUCCUUUUAUAAAGAAGGCAACUGAGGCACAAGACAGAGGAAGUGACUUGCCAAAGGUCACAUGGUUAGUAGUCACAUGGCACAGUGGGACUUUGAAGGCAGGUUUCCUGAUUCCCAGUCCAAGUGUUCUUUCCACUAUGUUAACCUGCCUGUUCUAAGUAUUUUAAUGAGUUUUUCAUAGUUUUUCAUAGAAUAGGUACAACAUUCCUUUCUUUUUAGAAACUAGAUUUUUUUCCCUUUACAAUUGAAAUACAUUUAUAAAAAUCCCUGAAUAAAUCAAAUAUUUUCAAAGAUUAAAUCCAGAGCACCUCUGAGUGACUUGAUUGGCUUUAGAAGUUAUAUCUUCAAUCACAUGCCUCAACAGGACAUGGAAAACCAAAAGCCAGUGUGUUUCACACAUUACACAUUAUACAUUGGCCAUGAUAUUUACUUUUUCCUAAAAAUACUCCCAUGUGUGCAUUAUAGAUUCUUGAGGUAAGAAUGUCAAAGAAACAUCAAAUACGCCUUGAACCUGCAUUGCAGUCAACAGAAGCAAAUUCUGUUUUGUCUUUUACUCUUACAUGUGUAUUUUUAAAAAUUCAUUCUUAUCAUCUCGUUUCAUCCACUGAAGAAACAUACAUUCAAAAUCCACUUAAAUCUAAAUAUUUAUCACCUGGCAUGUCUUCCUUGAAUUGACUGGUGCUGUGGUAGUUAUUAAGACAAUAUUCUUGCACUUUCUGCUCUCUGUGGCUGAAAUAACAGGCCAGUUUUCCCCUUCAAUAUUUAAAAAGUAUUUUGUAAAGGAAGAUAAAAGAGGGUUUGUGUGUCAGACAGUUUUUUGUUUUGUUUUGUUUUGCUUUUAUGAAGCAUACUUACUUUGGUUGGCAUUGGCCAGGGGAUGUUUUAUUUCUAAAUGUAUCUUUAAGAAUAAUAAUACUUUUAUAAUCAUGUUACACAAGAAAAUAAUACCUGUGGCAUUUCAUUAUUAUUCCUAGCUCCUCCCUCUACCCAAACAAUAACAGUGAUUCACAUUUAACUAAUGCCCUAAAGUUUACAAGGAGUAUUGUCUUCAUUUUACAGUUUAAGAAACUAAGACUCAAGAGAGGUUCAAUAAGUUACCCACAGUCACUUAGCUAGUAAGUAGUAGAGUCAAUAUUUGAGCCCAUGUAGUCUAAGGAUGAUUUCGUUCACAUCUAGUCACGCUAUAGAGAAACUUACAGCCAAAUAUAGCCAGGCAUAGUAUAGCGCCCCCUUGUGAAUUGCUCUGUGACACUUGCAUAGGUCUUUCUCUGGUGAGUCAGUAAACACAGAAACCCCAAUGUAUGCAAAGAGCAUUUAGAUGCUUGUUGAGAGAACUAAUAAGUAGAAACAGGGUCAUAGGCCCUCAGGGAUUUAAUAAUUUGAUUGAGAAAGAAGGCAUCCAACUGAUCAUCCUUUGAACAUUCAGCAUCUAUUGAUUUAUUGAUAAUGACAGAAAUGACGUUAGGUCUCCCUAAAAAUCUUUUCAGUUAGGCCUUUUAAAGAUUUAUUGCAGAGGAUGUCAAUAAGCUUUUGCUCUUACUCACAUUCUGGUUUACAGGCCUGUUGCCCAAAAAAGGGACUCCAAGAACUCUUAGAAAAUCUAAUAGAUCUAGAGAGGUAGCCGCUGAUUUGGGUAGACCUCAUUCAUUAUUCCUUCCUCAUUUACCUGAAGUUUUUGGGUUUUUUUUAAACUCCAUGUUGAUGCUUUUUCCCCUACUGAAAACUAUUCUUGUAUCCCAGGACCUAGUAUAGUGCCUUAUACAUAGUAGGCGCUUAAUAAAUCUUUGUUUAAUUGAAUUGACCCCACUUGGAAUAUAGAGCCAAAGGACUAAGAAAAGCAAAUUGACUAAAGGAAAAAAAAAGUAAUUAAGAAAAACAUACACGUACAUACACAUAUACACAUAUAUGUGUAUUAAAGUUUAAGUCCCCCAAAAGGUCUCCAUCUGUAAAAAUUUUCUUGUGCAAAAUUAUUUGCUUCCAACAUAUUUCAAAAACUUUAUUAUUGACUUUUAAUUCCUUUGAAGGAAUAGUAAAUAUGGUCUACCCCAAAUCAUAAUUUUGGGAAAAUUCUAAUUAUUACUGCUCUUCUAGUGUAAACUAGAUUAAGUGUGAAUCAUGACACAAAGUAGGAAUAAUGUAUAGUGUUUUUCUUUUGCUUAAAAUUAAACUUUUAUACUUUUUAUCUCAAUCAUCUAAAUGCUUAAAGAGCUACCCAGCAAACUUACAGUUUGGCAAUAUUUACUCUAAGCACACAGUAAGAAAUUAAUCAAAGUUUUUCCAGUAGGUGAAAGACGGAGUCAAGUGACACGGCUAUUCUUUGUAUUCAGGAUACUAAAUCUGGUAAAGAGACCUGUGUUUAUUUAACAAAUUGUGGAACAGGUAGACUAGAAACCAUACUUUAAAUGUAUUUACUAUCAAAGGGUCUUGCCAUCUACUGAAGAAAAUGCAGAGUUUUCUGCACUUACUAAGUGGAAAAUGUCAACUUGUUAACUUUCUUGACAGUGGCCUAAUGUCUACCAUAUCAUCUAAUAGUGGCUUUGAGAAUUUUUCUUUUCAAAAACCUGUGGUUAGUCUUGCAGGAUCUAUUGUAUGGCAAAAUAGCAAUAGAUAAAGGAUAUUUAAUGGAACCAGCACCACCAAAACUGAUGUCCAGGGUAAUAAAAGAUCAUAUUUCACAGUUUUGCCCAUAAGCCAUAAUUUUAUUUAAAACCGAAUCUCAAGUGAAAAGGUGCAAUGUAUGAUCUGUGAACUAGAUGGAUUUUUUUCACUAUGAGAAUCUUUCAGGAAAAGUCUUCCUUCUGGCAAAGGGCUUCUCUCCUCUCUCUGCAAUACUAUGGUUAGAUAACAGAGGUCUCUGCUUUGCUUACAGACAUAUAUUUCAUGUCCAGCUUUCCAGCAAUGUUUGAGUACCAGCAAUAUGAUUUUAACAUGUUCCCAUCAGCAGUUUGAGUUCACAAGGUCUUGGUAUGUUAUAUCAUUAGUUUGUUUUGGGAAUCUGUGAUUUACUUUUUAAAAUGUUCCUUUUGAGCUGUAUAAUCAACCAUGUGGAAAACUUCAAAGAUCAUUGAAAUUAUGUGUAGUAAAUGUGAUUCCCACAAAUUAUUCAGCAGCAUUCUCUUUUUCAUUCCAUGUCCAUAAUGUCCCGAUCACUUGAUUGCCAAAGAAAAAUUUGUCAUAUAGGCUAAGAGAGAAAGUAGUAUUUUCUAAAUGGACAGAUAUGACAUGUUUACACAACUCUUAAAAAAAAGUAGUGUAGGAAAAGAUGAACAGAGAAUAGUAUUCAAGAAAAAGUAAGGUAGCAGAAUGCCAUCUCAAAUCUCAGAGAAGUUAUACUGUGGGCAAAACUAAACCAUGACAACCAAUGCCAUGCCUUCUUCAACACAACUCAUUUGUCACCACUUCAUAUACAUAUCUUUCCCAAUCUUGCAGCCAAACCUCUCAAAUUUGAUUCUUCUAGUACUAGGCCUUUUUAAUUUUCACAAGACGUGGCCAAUACUAGAGCAUAGACCCUGUGUGCUUCAUAGAGUUCUGACUUCCUACUGUGCCCUUCCACUUGUCCUCUGUGAGUCCUACCCUAAAUACUCUACUGUGAUCAGCAAAAUAAAAUUGCACACACAUACACACCUCAUACCUAAGGAAAUAUUCAUACCAACAGUGACAUACAUUGCUGACUUGGGUUUCAGCAAGACAUUUGGCAAAGUCCCUCAAGAUAUUCUUUUAGACAAGAUGGAAAGGUGUAAUCUGGAUAAUGGUGCAAUUAGUUGGAUUCAGAACUGGUUAAAUGACUGGAACCAAAGAAUGCUAAUUAAAGAAUUGUCAACCAACUUUCAUGUUCUCUUGUAGGGUAUCCUAGGACUCUGUUCUGGGCCUUCUUUUAUUCACCUUUUUAAACAGUGAUUUCUGUGAAAUCAUGAAUGUAAUGUUUAUCAAGUUUUUGGAAUUAUACAGAGCUUGGAGGAAUAGCUAACAUGUUAACAUGAUUGGUUCAGGAUCUGAAAAAUCUCAGCAGGCUAGAAUAAUGGCCCUAAUCUAAUAAGGUGACAUUUAAUGGGGGUAAGUGUUAAGUUCUGUACUUAAAUUCAAGACCUCAACAGCCCAAAUUCCAGAUGGGGAGAUGUGGCUGAAAAAAGAUUAUAUGUAAGUGAUAUUGGGAUUUUAGUGAACUUCAAGACUAUUAUAAUUCAGCAGUGUAGCAUAAUGGGGGAGGGCGAGUAUCUACUGUGACAGCAGGUUAUGUUAAGUAUCAUAUCCAGAACUAAGUAGUGAUAACUCCAUUCUCCAUUCUGCUUACAUGGAGGCUGUGUUUGGUUCUGCAUACCAGAUGGACAAGCUGUAGUUUGUCCUGAAGAGGGCUGCCAGGGUAGUGAGGGGAACUAAAAAAACGUGUUGCACAGUGAUCUACGGGUGUUUAACCUAGAGAAGACUUGUGGGGUAUACAGUGAAAUAGGAUAGCUACCUUCAAAUAUUUGAAGGGUUUUCAUAUGAAAACAGGAGUAGGCUUGUUCUGCCUGGCACUCCAGGAGCAGAGCUGGGAACAACGGAUAGAAGCCGCAGACAGACAAACUUUGGCUCGCUUCCUAAUAAAUAGAGCCAUCCAGAAAUGGAAAGAGCUACCUCAGGGGAAGGUAUUGCAUAUCGCCGGAGGUCUUUAAGCAAAAGCUGGAUGACCACUUACUAGAGAAUUUAUAGUAUGAUUUACUAUUAGGUAUGAAUUGGACUUGAAAGGCUGUGGGGUCUUUUCUAGCUUUGAGAUUCUGUGCCUCUGUAUGAGAGACAGAAUGUUCCUUUGACAUCAAGAAACUUUUUAUAUCCUAUAAACAGACAACUCAUAAAAAUAUGCCUCUGCAUAGGAUAGUCUUAUAUUUGUAGAGUACUUUUUCCCAAGGAACUAAAAAUACUUUUAUUUCCUCUGAUAAGUCUGUGAAGUAGUUAAGGAGCAGAUAUUCACUCAAUUAACAAAUUAGAAAACAGGUUUAGAAAUUGAAUGAUUUGGUCAGGAUUUCCCACUAUACCAGGCUGCUUAUAUUUAUAACAUGAAACAACUAUUUGCCAAAUAAACUAUCCAUCUAAUUUCUGGGCCUCCAUUCUUCCCAGGGCAAUAACUGAGAAUCCAACUGGUAGUAGAUUGAGACAUGAUGCAUUUAAAGUUGUGGGGAAAAAAAUGAUAUCAGCAAACGAGGUAAAAAGCAAUUUCCCACUUGAAGGUUAUACCUCUGAUUUUACAUUUUUUUUGAAAGAUAUAAUUUGAACAACAAAUGGACUAUUGAAGUUACUUUUUCUCUUUCUACUUUUACUCUUAGCAUUUUUUUUUGGCUCUUUAGCCAAAUUCUGUAAAUGUAUCUGGCCUUUAAAAUCUAAUGAAGUAAUGACCAUACAUUAACAACAACAGCAAAAAAGCAAGGAAAGGUCUCAAAAAAUCCUGUGAAGAUGUUUGUGCCUUAAGAGGCAGGAGUAUUAAAUAUAGAUAAUUUCUCAGAUACUUCAAUUCCUUUUCCCUGUACAGAUAACAAUGAAUGCUUUAUAAUCCUUUUUUUCUCACUUGUAAAAUACCUUUUAAAACCUUUUUUGUUUCAUAGCAGUCUCAAACCAUGGAAGAGAACCUAACAAAUGAUAGGAAAUUAGCUGUUCAGGUUCCAGUUAUUAUUGUCUUGGAAAUUUAUGAGAAAUCAUUACACUUUUCUUUAGUUCUAAACUAGCAGUUUUUUUCUUUGCAUAUAGGCAUACCCUACUCCCGCCAAUAUAUACAGCAAUACUCCCUAUAGCAACAAUGCAAACUUACUGUGUAUUAUAAGGGCCCUAAUAGUGCCAACUUGUACAUUCAGAGACCUGCACUAUUUCAUUUGUUGAAAGUGACCUUUUCCUUAUUAUGCUUCUAAGUGAAGUGUAGGAAAGCAAUCAUACCACACUAAUCGAGGACUGCCAACCGCUGCCUGCAGUCUUUUGUGUUUGCUCAGUGAGCACCAUGAUUUGUUGCACUUAGCCCAACCUACACUCCAAAUCCCCCUCUAUAUCAUUUCACAAACUUCUGGUCCCUAUGUGGGGACUGAAGUUGAGAACCUACAACCCUGAAGUUCUCCCUAAACCCCACCUGGUCCUUAGUAGAUAGUAAUUCCCAAGUCUGUUUAGCUGAAACUAACUCCUGAGAGCGAACCAGGCACAGAACCAAGGCUCUCUGCCUAUGUCAACCCUGCGUCAAUUAGCAGCAGACCAGAAUAGAUUCUCUGGUCUUGUUUAGAACCCAGCAAUACCACCCAAGAAUGCAUUUUCUCACUGGAGAGUUGUUAUGGGUUCUUGAAACUGAGGAAGUCCAACCCCUUAAAAUUGUCGACUACACAAGAAACCAUCCAGAGAUUGAAAUUAAGUCUCAGGUGACAAGAGGCUGUUUCAUAGCUGCUUUUUUGACAAGCCUAGAUCCCCUAGAAUCCCCAAUUCCAAUCAUAAAAAGCCAUGUUACUGUGUAUGAAGAGUAGGGUCUCUUGUAAUAUACUCUUAAAGUUAUAGUAUUCAACUUAAGCAGUAAUAAGAAAUACAUGAAUAAGUAAUAAAUGAAAAACCAGAGCCUUAACUAUUUUACACAUCUCUCUUAAGCCCAAUGUCACUUUAGGAUUUAACAUUCCCUAAAUGUAUUAAAAAUUUGUUACUAUUCAAACCCUGGUUUCUUUAUGGUUAUGUGCUUCUGGGGUGUGAGGCGGAAUGGCAAUUGAAACUGUAUUUUAUCAAUUCAGAUACAGGUAUAUUCAUACCAAAGGUAAUUUUGUGAUUCUUUUUGUGUGCUCCAUAUGAUGCGCAGUCAUGACAUGGACAAGAUGAGAUACAUCAUAAAAGCAUCAUUUCACUGAGAUCUGGCAUAAUAGAUAGGAAUUUCUUGAAAUUUAUACUGUUUUAUGUUUCUCUAAAGUUGUGCACUUAGAGAGUCUUAAGUGGGAAUGUGUUGCCCUUGUUCAAGCGUUUGUUUGAUUUGCAGUUGGCUAUAUGUUGUGUACUGAAAUUGAUAUCAUAUAUGCCAGAGACUCUAGCCAUGAAGACAACCAUUACUGGUCAUGAAAUGCAGAAAGAAAUAGCAAAAAAAAAAAAAGUCAUCUGUGGAUUACGAAGAACCUUUCAAUUCCAAAAGCAAUGAUAGUUGUCUUUUUUAAAAAGAAAAUCCCAUUUUCUAGAAAUUGUAGUUAAUGGUCUUUUCUCAUUCCCAGCAAAUCCUUUUAUCACUCUUUCUCACCCUCUCAUCCCCUUAGCUGAAGGUCAGAAAACACUGCUGAUGGGAAAUGUUGAAACUUCACUUCACCUGGGGGAGGAGGAGGCUAUUUAGGAGCCUAACUGUAAAAAGACAAACAAACAAAAAGAAAUAUUUAUGCUUUGUCAGCAACCAAAGCCAAGAAGAAAUUGUGUCUGUGAAAUAUUAAGCUAUAUCUGUAUAUAGAAUAAACACACCAUGAUCUUUGACUCAUUACUACAGACCUUGUAACCAAUUGUAUACUAUAAUGUUUUACUGUAUUGGAGAAAAUUUCACACUAUAGCUAUAGAAAAGCUGGGAAAAUAAUUUAAAAUACAGUGUAAUUAACAUGAAA